CUCGUGCAUUGCCUGCAAUGCUGCAGCGAUGGGGAUCACUGGUAUUUACAAGGAAAUCGGUGUUGGCGAACGCGUUGCCCUCUCGAAGCUCGCCGUCGAAAAGUUCGAGCAGACCGGCCGCCCUCUACGCAUUGCGAUAGACACGUCUAUUUGGCUCUUUCAGAUCCAGUCCAGCAAGGGCGGGACCAACCCGGCACUCCGAACGUUCUAUUACCGCUUGCUACGACUUCUGUCUCUCUCGAUUCACCCAAUAUUCAUAUUCGAUGGACCAAACAAACCCCCGUUUAAGCGCAACAAACGCACCGGCCCCAACGUCGCAUCUAUACCUGAGUUCCUCGCCAAGCAAUUGUUGAAACAGUUUGGCUUCCCAAUUCACCUUGCGCCGGGUGAGGCCGAAGCAGAGUGUGCACUGCUGCAAAGAGAAGGAAUUGUGGAUGCUGUGCUCACUGAGGAUGUGGACGUCCUCAUGUUUGGUAGCGGCAUGUCCUUGCGCAACUGGACGCCCGAAGCCAGGUCGAGCAAAGUGCCCACGCACGUAAACCUGUAUGACGCGCAAAAGAUUAAGGCUGGUCCCUCCGGUCUAGACAGGGAGGGCAUGAUCCUGGUGGCGCUCAUGAGCGGCGGCGACUAUUUGCCUGAAGGUAUACCCGGCUGCGGUCCGAAGAUCGCAUGUGAAGCGGCAAAGGCUGGAUAUGGUCAGAAACUCUGCGCAAUUUCGAAACGAGACACUGUGGCUAUACAACAAUGGAAAGAAGAGCUCGUGCAUGAGCUACGCACCAACCAAAGCAAGCACUUCAAACGAAAACACAUGGCACUCACAAUUCCCGAUGACUUUCCCAGAGCGGACAUUCUAGGCUAUUAUACGAACCCAGCGAUAUCUUCACGGGAGGGCAUAGAGCGGCUAAAAUCCAAACUCAAAUGGGACCAGAACCUCGAUUUUCCGGCACUUCGUUCGUUCACAGCCGAUGCUUUUGACUGGGUGAAGCUUGGGGGGGCGAAGAAAUUCAUCCGCAACCUUGCACCUGCACUUCUCGUUCGACACCUUCGCAUGCGCGGCCAGCUUGAAGCCACAGGCUUCGAGACGCCUGAAGCGCUCGAAGCUGCAGAGUCCAAGCUAGUAGCCAGCAUUCAUGGCACGCGGCAACACCCCUCUACCGACAACACGGGCGAGCUUCGCAUUGCAUACACGCCGAUCAACGUCGUCAACAUCGACCUCAGCAUCGAAGAGCCUGACGAUGAAUUAGAAGAAGCCAGUUCGGCAGAAGACGACAUGCCUCCUGCCGACGAUGACAACUCACCAGACAACGAGCCCGCCCCAAAGCGUGGUCCCUCCCUAUACGAUCCGAACAAACCCGAAAAAAUCUGGAUCCUCGAGUCCUUCGUCAAAGUGGGUGCGCCACUCAAAGUACAAGACUGGGAAGAAGCCCAGCGCAAGAAAGCAUCGGGCAAGCGGACCACAGCAGCAGCGAAGACAGCCAAGCCAAAAAGGGCUGCGAAUGGCGGCAUGCAAAGAGACAGGUCCACUAGUGUCGAGAAGCUAGAUCUCUCGCACACCGAGCCGUUGAAGCAGUUUGCGCGGGUCUCGAAACCGGGUGUUAGCGCAAGAAAGGCUCCUGGCAAGCAGAAGUCCCCCAGCGUGGAGAGAUUGGAUCUAUCAGGGCCGCCUCCUAGCAUAGAACCUCCGCAAGCGCAAUGGAGUUCGAGAGCAAGGCGCGCUGAACCAGAUCUGCCGGAGCUCAACGAUCUUGCACCAGUGCCAGCGCCAGCGUUAGCACCAACGCAAGCACCAGCACCGGUAAAGGAUACAGUCUGCAUCGACCUCUUGUCAUCCUCUCCCGCUGCCAAAAAAACCGCAUCACCACCGCCACAGCCGAGCCCUCCCGUUGCCACUGACCCUCCUCACCUCGACGAGCACUAUCUCUCCCCGAACGUAACGAAGCGCGCACGCCGAAAUUUGCGUCGGACGGAAAGCGCACCAGUGAAUCAGCAGCACGCUCUUCCGAGCACCGAGCCACAACAACCACCUAUAACCCAGAACCCCGCCGGCGAACUCUUUACCUCGUCCGCUUCUCCAGCUGCCACUGCGCCGCUCUCCCUCUUGCGUGCUCUCGCGCCUCCCCAGCGCUCGCGCACUAGUGUCCGCAGGAGCGCGAGCGCCAGCAAUGGCGUUGCCAGCAAGACUACUAGGAGCAAACGGGGCGCAUCGGCCGGUCAGACCUCUCCACCUACAGAGGGCGUUGUGCCGCACGCGCCGCAUGAGCGUCAACAGCUCACAAUUGAGCAAGCAUUUCUUCGCCGGUCGGCGAGCGAGUCGCCUAGGAAGGUGCGGCCGAGCCUGAGGGCUCCAACGCCGUUGCCGGGGAUCGAGGAGGUAGACCUGACGGAGUCAUCACCUGUUAGGGCCAUUGCUCCUGUCUCUACAGCACCGACGCUGCCGGCAGUGCGCCAAACUAUGGAUGUUCCAAUGGGCUUGGAUGGCGUUGACGAGGCGGACGAGCUCCCGAGCCUGGCUGCGUUGGUUUCGGCAAGAGGUGGAGUCGAGGAGGAGGGUUUGCAAAGACCGCGACCACGACAGCGCCAGCGCGGGCGCAAUCGCGAUAACGAGGCUGCUGAGGCGUCGUCGGUCGGUAAUACGGUGUCUGCGCCUCAGACCGCGCCACAGCUCCCUGAUAGUCCGCCGCAGAAACGAAAGCACACGCCCGGAAAGGAGUUCGUACAAUUACGCAGGAGCCUGGACGGGACGUGGCGGUUUGCAGGUGCAGAGGAGGCGGAAGUCGAGAUGGCGGAAGGUAGGAACGAUGGGGUUGGCACGGGCAAGGUCGCUCCGAAGCGUCGGGCGUGGCGGAGGAGCGAGGUCGAGGUUGUUGACUUGACUGCGGAGUAGGCGGUAAGUGUCGCUGUAUAUCUUAAGGCGGUACUGUGUGUAUGUUCGGGGCGAGGAAGGCGGGCGUAUGGUGUUUGCUUUUUUCUUUCCUAGGGUUGGGUCUGGUUCUGGUUCUGGAUCGUCGAGGUAGGGUCUUCCCGGCGCCAUGACACGGGGUUCGCGGGUUAGCGGUUCGUGGUUGCUGGGUGGGUUGGGUUGUGCUGUGGUUCCG